AUGGCUUAUGAUUUGAUCAAGUUUUAUAACACCAAAUCAGAUAUUUCAACUGGAUUGAUCAAGUUUUAUAACAGAAAAAUGAAAGUUCUAGCUGCAGUUAGAGAACUAGUAGACCAAUACAAGGACGAGGAGAUCAGCAUUACUGUCACUGGCCACAGCAUGGGUUCAGCUAUUGCAGUUCUAAAUGCAACUGAUAUUGUUUAUAACGGAUACAAUAAGCCUACAAACUCAAACAAUGUGAGUCUUGUCACAGCCGUUGUGUUUGCCUGCCCAAAUGUGGGAGACAAAGGCUUCAAGAAGGUAUUCUCUAGUCUCGAAAAUCUUCGGGUCUUGCGUAUCACCAACGAAUGGGAUCCCGUCCCUAAGUUACCAAUUCUACCUUAUGUUCCUGUUGGAAAAGAGCUGGUAAUCGACACUCUCAAAUCGCCCUACUUGAAGAAUGCAAUAGACUCUGUGCAUCAGUUGGAGGUUUACUUGCAUGGAGUGGCAGGAACACAAGGGAGAAACAAUGAUUUUAAAUUGGAAAUUAAUCGAGAUCUUGCAUUGGUAAACAAAAUUUUGGAUGCUCUAGAUGAUAAAUAUCAUAUAAUUCCUAAGUGGUGGAUAGAGAGGAACAACUCUAUGGUUCAAAUGGAGGACGGCUCCUGGGAGUUAAUGGAUCAUGAGAAAGAUGACGACGACGAUGAUGAUGGAGCCUAG